AUGGCAUCCGGACGGUUCGGGAACAGAGAGUCUAUUUCAAAUGCUUUUCUUUCACCGAUCUCGAUAGCCUUGCCAAGUGUUUUGGGGACUCGUUUGAAGCUGGGAGAGCAUAGCAUGAGCAGCUUGUGUCUUGAAUGCGAGGACAUCCCCUCCCUGUCUGGAAAGAUAUCUGCGAGUGGGGGCUGUAGGUUCGAUUCCUGGUACGGCCAAUCUGGUGCUCCUGACCGAGUCGACUACGAGUCGGUAUUCGAGGAGGUCCCAGCUACGUUCACGGAGGCGGAACGCGCUACGUGGCUCAGCCAGCUCAAGGACGUUGCCGUCAGCAGUGAUGCCUUUUUCCCCUUCGUCAACAACAUCUACCGUGCAGCCCGCUCUGGCGCCAAGUACAUUGCUGCGCCUGGAGGCAGCCAGAACGACUCGGCCGUCUACGAGACCUCCAAAAAGCUGGGCAUCGUUUUCGUGGAGCAGAACAUCCGCCUCUUCCACCACUAA